AGCACUUUAAGAUUGUUUGUUGCUCAGCACUGAGCAGCGCUGGCUACGCAAAAACUCAACGGAAGAGCGGGAGGAAUUGGUUGUUUUUAUUAUUAUUUUUUUGUUUUUGCGCCACACAUAUAAGCCCCCAGGAAAAGUUGAAAAAAUAAUAUAUUUCCAAAUCGAAUAAGGUGUGUGCCGUGUGCAGUGAGGGUGCAGUGAGCUUGUGCAAUGACAACAUCCUCGAUAAAACGGCGUCGCUCCCCACACGAUGCACGGGCAUCGAACGAUGGCGAUGGCCUGGACAGUGAUAGCAAUGAGAACAACGAAAACAGUUCGGGCAGAAGUAGCAGCAGCGUCAGCGUUUUGGCCAACAACAGCGUCAACUUAUCGAAGCGUGACUCCGAGGAGGACAGCUGGGCGUCCAAGGGCUACAGCUAUAUCAAUCCAUUUGUGCAUCGCAUACAAAUCGACAAUCACAUUGAAGUGGCCAAGAUCUAUGUGCUGACGGUGCUGCUCCUGCCCAUACGCGUUGUGGGUUGCGUCCUGUCAUUGUUAUCGGCCUGGAUGUUAGCCUAUAUUGGGCUGUAUGGCAUGUCUAUGGAGGAUAUACAAGCGAGGCCGCUGUCUGGCUGGCGCAAGAAUGUACAGUAUUUUGCAGCACGUGCCAUGCGUCUGCUGUACGUAUCUGGAUCGUUUCACUUUAUCAAAUUUAAGGGUAUACCGGCUACACCCAAGGAAGCACCCAUUUUGGUUGUGGCACCGCACUCUUCAUAUGUAGAUUCCAUUCUGGUCGUCUCCGGAAGUCCGCCAUCGAUUGUGGCCAAGCGUGAGACAGCGGACAUACCCCUGCUCGGCCGAAUUAUUAACUAUGCACAGCCCAUAUAUGUCCAGCGCGAGGAUCCCAACUCCAGGCAGAACACCAUACGCAAUAUUCGCGAACGUGCACGUUCUACCGAAGACUGGCCGCAGGUGGUCAUCUUUGCCGAAGGCACCUGCACCAAUCGUACUGCACUGAUCAAAUUCAAGCCCGGCGCCUUCUAUCCGGGUGUACCUGUGCAGCCAGUGAUACUCCGCUAUCCCAAUAAGUUUGACACCUUCACAUGGACCUGGGAUGGACCUGGCGUUCUACGUCUGCUUUGGCUUACAAUGACACAAUUCUAUAACCGCUGCGAAAUUGAAUAUCUACCCGUUUACACGCCCUCACCAGCUGAGGUGGCCGACGCGAAUCUCUAUGCCAACAAUGUGCGCAAAGUAAUGGCCAACGCACUGGAAGUGCCCACAUCAGACUAUUCGUUUGAGGAUGUCAUAAUUAUGAGUCGUGCACGCGAAAUGAAAAUUCCCUUUCCCGGUGACAUUGUGGAAAUUGAGCAUACGCUCGAUUCUCUUGACCUCUUAGAAUCCAAACGCGACACGCAGCUGUGCGAGAAAUAUCUAUCUCUAUCUAAUACAGACAAUCUGGAUAUCAUUACGUUUGCCGAACUCAUGCAGAUCGAUCUUACGAAUACUCAUCUUCACAAGCUCUUUGCGCUACUUGACCAUCGUGGCAAGGGCACAGUGAGCCUGAAAAGUUUUUUGCUCUGCUCGCUGUUCUGCAAAUUUAAGAACAGUGAUAUUAUAACGUUUUUGCGCGCUCUAAUCAAGCUGUAUAGUAAAUCAACGCAACAGAUUGACAGGGAUAGUUUCACACGUUUGUUACGGCAUGCCGGAAGCAAGCUGAAUGAGCAAAAGGCUCAAACGCUUUUCUAUGCGCUGGACACCGCCCACGUGGGUCACGUCUCCUUCGAUAUGUUUGCCCAGUACUCGGAGAAGCAGCAUAACUAUAAGUUUCUCUAUCACAAAUCGGAGCACAUAAGGCGGAACAAAAGCAACGUUGUGAAAGCAACCGUCAUAGCAAAUUGAAUAACCCACAACUAUGCAUUUGGAGGCUGCAACAAACUUAUUAGCUGGUUAUAUAUUUCAUUAAUUAAUAGCCGCGCCAUGGGCAAGAGGCAACCGGCAAUAGACAACAUCACACAGAGAGAGAUAGAGGGAGAAAGACAGAGAGAGACAGAACAUGAGGGUGAUGGUGAUGGUGAUGGUGAGGGCGAUGGUGAAGGAGGUUAAGUGAAGUGUAGCGUAACACAAAGCAAGGCAAAGCUAAACCUAAGCAAAUAGUUCUGAUGUAAACUAUGUAUUUUUUAAUUAUUAAUUUAUUUAUUGUGUAUGUGUUUGUUGGCUAUUGUAAUUAGAUUUGUAAAGCUUGUUCAGGCAGGUCCAAUGAAAAUGUAUUAAAUCGUCUAAAUAUGUA